AUGACAACUAGUGAUGGCGUCACAAUUCGUCAUCCAGGAAUAUCAAUAACUGAUAUUCAUCCACGUUUAGAUGUUGAUACAAUAUCAAUUCUUAGUUCUCAAUCAGAUAGUAUUCAGCAUCUAUCUUAUAAUGAAUCAGAUGAUGAAGGAAAAGGUUUAGUUAAUUCUAAUAUAUCUCGUUUAAAUGACACAAUUAAUCAAACAUAUCAACCAUCAGCAUUAAAAAAAGAUUGGAUUAUGUAUUUAACAAAACCAACAAAUGGUAGUCAUGAUAAACAUCAUCAAAGUUCAAGUGAUAAUGAAUCAUCAUCAUCGUCUUCAUCACCAUCAUCAUCAAUAUCUGAUGAUGAUGAAAGUGAACAAGAUUUUAUAGAAGAUCCAUGGACAAUAAAUACAGUUCAACGUGAAUAUUAUACUAAACAAUUUCAAAAUUUACAAAAAGAUACUACUAAAGUUAUUAAUGGUCAAAUAGCAAAAGAAUUUUUUGAACGCUCAAAUUUGCCAACAAGUGAAUUAUCUCAAAUAUGGAAUUUAUCUGAUGUUAAUCAUGAUGGUGCAUUAUCAUUAGGAGAAUUUUGUACAGCAAUGCAUCUUGUAGUUUUACGUCUUAAUGGUUUUCAAUUACCCGAUGAACUUCCGCAACAAUUACAACCAUUUACACCACUUAUUGAUCUAUCGGACACAACAUCAACAGAUAAUUGGGCAAAUUUUCAACCAACAACUGAUUCACCAAAACAAUUUACAUUUGCACAACCUGUUGCUGAUAAUCAUCGAAUAAUAGCUCCUGUAGCUGUUCGUCUUUCUCCUCCACCACCACCUUCUGUUCAAACAACAACACCAAAACCACCUCCACCUCCACCACGUGUACCUGGUCGAACAACAUCAGUUGAUAUUCCUCAACAACCAAUUGUUCCACCACGUAUAGGUAUUCAUGAAACACCUCAACGAAAUUUAAAUAAUAAUAAUAAUAAUAAUUCAUCAACAACUACAACACCAUAUUUUUAUAAUCCAACACAUUCAUCAAUUACUUCAACAUUACAACAACAAUCAGAUCCAAAUAUUUUACUUGAACAAAUACGUGAUUUACUUAAACCUGAUCAUUUACAAGAAUUAUCAACAAUUAUAUCAACGUCAACAAUAACAAAUGAACAAUUUGAUACAUCAUUAAAUCAAAUAAAAGAUCGUAAUACAAUACUUAAAGCACAUUUAAAACAUUGGGAAGAUGAAUUAACUGAUUUAAUUGAUAAAAGAAUUUCAUUAGAACAUCAAUUAAAACUUCAACAUCAAUAA